UAUUUAAUUUCAAUGGGAAGGCCCGGGCGUCCACGUUAUACCUAUGCGUGCUCGUUCACGUGUCAAAGACGCACAUGUACGCAUAACCGAGAGCGCUAAUAAGGGCGGCAGGUUCAGGUUCAGGUUCUGGUUCUGGCUGGAGCUAGAGGGCUUUGAAGUACAGCAUGGAAAAGCAAACGCAAUCCCAAAACACAAUAUUCUCAAGGCUCAAUCCGCCCCAGUAUGAACACUUGAAGCCUCUUUCCUCAUAUUCGAGGAUGAUCACUUGUGACCAAUCUUCCAGCCUCCAUCAAGCUGGUGAAUUUUCGAAUCCAUUUAUUAAUUUUAAAAUCGAAGUAGUCAACAUUGGGGCAAAUAAAAGAAAAUUGGACUAUUCCAGUUCUGAUGAUGGUUAUGAAACGCCAGCAAAGUUGCCCUAUAGUCCAACAGCUUUGUCUCCGGACCUUGGGUGUUUCAUGGACUACUGCAGCCCUGCCGCAAGCCACGAUUCAGUGCCACCUGUUGCCAACACCAACCCUGCAUAUUUAGAGGCACAAGGCGCUAGGAGUGAAAUAAAACAAACCCGGCACUUUCGGCAGCUCUCGGAUCGUGUGGGAUCUGGGUCAUCAACAGAUCCAAGGAGGGAGCAGGAGACUGUACCCCGCAAUCUGAAGAAUGGGAGGGUCCUCGUAAAUGCUGCGCCUGCGUUUGACCAUGAUGUUAAUGACAUCUUGUGCCUCAAUCCCUUUAGCACUUAUACAGCUGGGGAAAUUUCAGACAAAGUAGACGCCUCUAAGAAUCCAGCUGGUAACACAUUUCCGAGGAAGCCCCUCUUAAUUCCCACUGUGGCACAUGGAAAAGGGAAGGAAACAAGAGCUGGGCAAGUCGAAAAAGGACAAGGGGAGCUGAGGAAAGUGAAGAAAGAAAUGUGUGUCACUUUGAAAGACAUGGCAGAAGAUAAAGGAUAUUUCACCAUGUCCUACAGAAAUGAGCGUAAAGCUGGAAAGACCCUCCCUCAGCCAAUAGCCCGCCGGCCGCCCACAGCUAACCCCGUCCCCCUGCUCCGGACAGUGGAGACUGAACCGCCAGAGGAUGAAUGUCAUCCUGAACGUUUAUCGGAGCCGCGGUGUCGCGAUCAAGCCUUGGUGUCUGGACAGUGCUUUUCCUUCACAGAGGAUGUCUUGUGUGGUACCGUGGGGAGAUUGACGGAGCCUGUGAACUUUCCUGUGGAGUCUUUAGAAGGUGAAGAUGCUGAGUUGUGGCGUAUCGGUCCACCUGUGUUUGAAUCAUCCAUAUGCCAGAGCGUGACAGUGGAGUUGGAUGCUGCUAGUGAGCAGAAUAGGCAGGUGUCUGAGAAGGUGCAGGUUGGUGCGACCGGGACUGUUCAUGAGUGUCAGGACUCACUCAGUGGACAGGGCACCACUUUGGACACGUCCUACGAGACUACAUUACCACUCCAAGUGCAGGUGAAAUCAAAAGUGGUCCUUUCCAACCAGCACACCAGCAAACCAAAAGCCCCCCUCCCCGCGGGGUCCAACACUAAGCCAACGAAGCCAAACGAGGACACAGCUGGUCAGACGGCCAAAUGUAGAGCAAGGAAAAGGCCUGUGGUGUUCAGCAGGGAGGAGGACUGGGAGGUAGAAAAAAGGAAGUAUGUCAAUUCAGUUAUCAGCCACAUGAACGAAAAACCAGGAGCAGCUAAAGGUGUCCUAUUUGAGCUGAGCAACCUGAUGACCAAUGUGGCCGAUGAGAACAUGAACAGCAAAGAGUGGCAGCAUCCGUCAGAUCUCUCAUGCAGAAACUACCAAAAACAUCUCGGAAGCGCACCACCAAAGAUGACCCUUAACAGCUGGAUGGCCAAGAACGGUGUGACAUACAGGCGGUUUGAGAACGUCCCAAAGAUCUUUGAGAGGAGUUACGUCCAAUAAGUCGGGACGUUUGGACGGACUAAACGAAUUGCACUUGCUGGACUGAAAUCCAGUGUGUCAUGUUGUCUUCAUAAUAAUAAUGACGAUUGCACAGUUUUUCUUGUUUAAAUGCGUGGUUUGUAUUGUCAGUUUGAAUGUUGCUGUGGUUUUCUUUUGACUAUGCAUGUACCUUUUUUAUAUAGAAAGUGUUGCACAGGCUCACAGACGAGUGUGUUGAAUUUAAUGGCAUCUUGCACCGACAUAGCAGAUAGAACCAAGUGAAUAGUUCUCCUUACCAAGGCUUUCUAAACUACAGUAGGUAACGGAGUCCGUCCGUUCUGUUUGAAAAUGAAGCCUCAUUUUUGUUACCGUGUUCUGUUCACUCUACAAUGCAAGGAACCUCUCGGUGUGGGCGAUGUCAAUUGAAUAAUGUAAACCUGUACAGAUCGUAGGCCUCCCUGGUCGUACAGAAGGCAGAGGUGUAUGUGUGUCAGUGAAGGCCUCGUGCCACAUGCUGUGCAGGCUUGCGGGGCGCAUGGCCCCACACCUUCUGUUUGUUUUUGGUUUUUUUUCUUCACGAUCAGGAGUCAUGAGUGGUAUCUCUGCAGUGAAGAAGCUGUUUGUGUUCUUCUGACAGGCCUCACAGCUUUUCUGCAACUCUGUCGGGUGUUGUCAAAACAGACUGCACUACCGAGAACAAAAGAGACGACGAGGUAGUAUCCACGCAUUGUCAGCCAUAAUAUCCCCCAGCAGCCUUUUCUGUUUCUGUUGAGCCAAACAGUCAGGGCUUCUCUCGUAUUGACACGCAGUCAAACAAAUAAAAAUCUAAUGUUGGACUUGAGUAAGCUCUGACUGAUUUGUUUUUCGCUGCUCAAGCUUAAUUGAUUCCACAACUGGCUGACUCGACGGUAAAUGCAUUUGCUUUAAACCGUGUGGAAUCUUUCCACAGGACGUCUCUCUUUCAGAAACAUUUGAUUCCUCCUCCUCGCUCAUGGUAAACUGUAUGUCUCUGUUUUUUCGUUUUUUGUUUUGUUUUUUUGAUGGAGAGAGGGACUGACAGCUGACUCCUGGUAAAGUUUGAGCUUCACAUGUAUUAUUCACUAAAGGAAGGACCUGUCUGCUGGGGUCUCACAACACUGUUACCACAGAAAUGUUUCAUUUCUCUUACUUUUGACUAGUUUUCGACAACCUCAACACGUCAUCGUUCCCAGUUAAGAGCAAACAAACUUUCUGGAAAAUAUUAUAUAGUUUUAUUUUAUUUAAGCAUACACAAGUAAGCAUACACCAUGUUCUCCAUAAUUGAAGUUGUGUAACCCUGUGCAUAAUAGUUAAACCAUGCUAGCCCUCAUUAAGCAAUGACUGCUGUACACUCCAUACAAUGAAUAUAAACAUGAUAGCACUAAUAAAGCUUCAUUUUUCUAAA